AUGCAGCGGCUGCCAGAUAAGAAUACUCGCAGGGGAAGGGAGGGAAGAGGGGGGAGUGAUCCCAGGGUAGAGAGUAUUGGAUUUGGGAGGGAGUUGAAACAGAGGGGUCUGAUUCUUGACCGUCACCUCGAGACAAUCAAAGCACACGUGAAGGCGGGCAACUCCGUUGCGAAGAAGCGAUGGGACGCCAUCGAGAGCGCGUGGGGGCUGAAGCAGAACGGUGUCUUCGACGACGAAGAGUGGGUCACGCAGAUUGACGGCGAAACGCAGGGUAUUACCAGCAGCACCCGCCUAUCCUCUUCAUCCCAACAAGAUGCCGGCAGCGCGCGAGGUGCUGCACCGCCGUCUCAGCACCCACCUGCUGCUGCAGGUACCGCGAGGAGAAAGGCCGUGGAUCGCGGGAAGCAAGCUAGGGAGAGAGCUGCCAAAGGCACUUUAGACGGCAACAUCUGCAACGCGUUCGCGAUUGGCAGCCGAGGACCGAUUGAGCGGACUCGCGGUGGAGUGAAAGAGCUCAUAUCCGGUAUAAGCUUCCCACCUCCGACCCCGGAGUCACGCCGAUCUUGCCCUCACUGUCCCAUGACCUUCGUGAACGAGCAAGGCCUUGGGAUCCACGUGAGAACGCAGCACAGCAGUGCAAACAUGUCCAACGGCGUGCGGCUGCGGCGCAUGUUACGGAAGGAUGUCGGAGGGAGUGUCCUGCCGUGGGAAGCAGCCGGGCCUGGGCGUUGUUGGCACGUGAAGUUCGAUCAUGCGACGGGGACGGCUUCGUUUGUCCUCCAGCGGAAGCGCUUUCUCGAUCUCGACUUGGAUAGCGACGGCUUUAUGGACCGCAAACCCAAGGACACUCGUGGGGCUCCCAAGCGCAGGCGAUACGACUUCAGGGUCAAAGCCCACGCUGUCAACCAGCUGCGCAUCCUCCAGGACAACGCCGAAGACCUCUGGAAGGACGAGCAGCGCACGCCUCUUCAGUUCUUGGAGGAUCGUCUCAAGAUUCCCUACAGCAAUAUAGUGAAGUGGGCCAAAAACGAGAAGGAAUUGGUCGCGGCGGCAGCCGAUGACGUAAAGAAGAGCCUCCUCGCCAAACAGCAGCCUAAGCGGUGGUUUCCUGAGGCAGAGAAUCGACUGUACAAGGGAUUUCUUUUGCGGCAUGGAGUGCUCGUUAGGCUGGGCAUGGGGUGGUUUGGAGGGCUGAUCACUCAACAAUCUCAGAAGGACACUCGCCACCUGUACGACUACUGUGUGCAGCUGGAGCUAGACCAGAGUAAGCGCAAGAUGAAGUUGCCCUUUGACAAGUACAGCGGAGAUUCGGAUGCGGCUGUAGGCUCCUGGGUUUUGCUUGAGAGCAUUAGUAGAUCAGGAAGGGUACGCAGGACCAACGUCACCCUUGUGGACCAAGAAGGUUGACAGUUGCUGCUCCAUGCCUUGGUAUUUUCUUGUAUCGACAG